CAAAGAGAAAGGAAGGCCACGGUCGAGGAUCGAGAGAACACGUUUCUCGAUUCUGGGCCGCGUGAUAAUGAAGGUCCCUUAACCAAACACGCUUCGAUUCUCAAUCCCUCCUCCUAUUUCUCUCAACUCACCCACUUCAAUUUCGAUUUCUAUUGCAAUCUGUAGCUUCUCUCAAUCUUUUGAUGGCGGGUUCUUAUUCUUCUGCUGCUUCUGAAUCGUACGAUGAUGUGGAGGAGUUCUUAUGGAUGGAGGAUGAGAAUGAUAUGGGAAUUCCGAGGGAGAGGUUUUCCGAGGUUUUCGAGCUAAUGCGGAGCGGGAAUCGGGCUUUUAGAGCUGGCAGAUUUGAGGAUGCUGUUUCCUUUUACUCUAAAGCUCAACUUUUGAAAUCAGGAGAUCCUAUCAUUCUGAGCAACCGUAGUAUUGCUUUUUGUAGGAUUAGCCAAAUCCUAAAAGAGAGGUCUGCAAGUGACUCUGAGUACGACCCGCUUAAUGGGCUUGACCCAACAACACAUGCUGAGCUUUCACUUAAGGAUGCUGAGAGAGUAUUGAAUCUUCGGAGUAGUUCACCAAAAUCGUACUUUUUGAAGGCCAAGUCUCUUGUACUGUUGGAACGGUAUGGAGAUGCAAGGGAAACACUUAUUUCAGGUCUUUUAGUCGAUCCUCUUAGCCACGAGCUUCAGACCAAUCUCCGGAAUCUUGACAACCUCACAUCUGAUUCAGUAACAAGGGUGAGACUUCGGAAGCUCCAGCGUACAGAUGACUUUGAAUGUACACUCUGUCUGAAGUUAUUAUAUGAACCAGUUACUACUCCUUGUGGACAUUCUUUUUGUCGCGCUUGUCUGCUUCAAGCUUUGGAUCAUGGUAACAGAUGUCCUAUGUGCCGCACAGUUCUAUUUAUCAGUCCCAGAACAUAUCCUGUUAGUGUAACGUUGAACAACAUUAUACAGAAAAAUUUUCCUGAUGAGUAUGCUGAGAGGAAGUCAGAGAAUGAAAGUUUGACACACUUGGGCAUCAAUUUAAUGCCUCUUUUUGUCAUGGAUGUUGUUCUCCCAUGUCAAAAGUUAUCGCUUAAUAUAUUUGAACCUCGUUACAGACUAAUGGUGAGGAGGAUAAUGGAAGGAAAUCAUCGGAUGGGAAUGGUUAUCCUUGAUUCCAUGACAGGUUCAAUUGCCGAUGUCGCUUGUGAAGUGGAAAUUGUUGAGUGUGAGGCUCUUCCAGAUGGACGGUUUUAUUUGGAGGUAGAAGGUCGGAGGCGUUUUCGCAUUUUAGAAUCAUGGGAUCAAGAUGGGUAUCGUGUUGCGAAAAUUGAGUGGAUUGAGGAUAUACAGCCUCCAGAAGGGUCUCCGGAAAGAGAAGAUCUACAGCAAUUGGUUAUUGCAGCUGCUGAACUAGCUCGAACAUCAAUAACGAAUGCCAGAGAAGCUGCAAGAAUGGGUAGAAGAUCAAGGCACAUGGAACUUCAAGCUGAGGGAAUGCCUGGACCACAAUAUCCAGAGAAAUUCAGUUUCUGGCUUGUGAACCUGUUAAACUUGAGGCCAAGGCAGAGACUGGAACUAUUGCGUCUAAGAGAUACCCGAGAGAGGAUAACCUAUAGCAUCGGCUUUCUUAGAGCUGCAGAACAAGUCUGUGGAGUCCAAUAAUAUAAAUUUUGUUCGUUAACUAAUGGAUACUUCAUAUACAGCUUUACUGAAGAGAAGGCUAUGUAUUGUUGUUAGUCAUUUAUUGUCAUGCUGAUUAUAAGCUGAAAAGAAAUAUGGGUCUAUGAAGAGUGACGGCCGAAGAUAUACAGAAAACGUGCAGGUAAUUUGAGGCAGAUUCAAAUGGUGAAAGCGAAUCAUGUAAAUAUGUUGCACACAGUUAACUGCUAGGUGACAGCGAAUCAUGUAAAUAUGUUGCACGCAGGAGUUUAUCUCCAACUUUCUCUCCAAAUUGGAAAAAUUGAAUUUGGAUAGAUUUGAUAUUCUUUUCCGAGCUAUGUUGUCCUUGACCUGGUUUUAGUUUCUUAAGAAAGUAUUGUUAGUUGGUCUGGGAAUUCCUAAUGGUAUGUGCUGAUACAGUCUG